AUGGUCCAACAAGGGACCCCCAGUAACAGUGCUGCCCUGACGAAAGCCAACCAGGAAGGUGUCCGCUCUCAGGAUGACAGUGCUUCUCCAGCAGUCAGUACCAAGCCAGGGGGUGACGACCAGCCUGUCUCUGCCGCAGCCACCACUACAGCCCAAGCAAUCAGUUCUAAAAGCAAUGCAGGAAACUCACCUCCUGUCCCCACUUCUGUGGUGCCUCCCACCACAACUCAAGAAUCCGUGUCAAAAAGCAACAAGGGAAGCCCAAUAUCCAAACCUACUAUGCUUCCCAGCACAUCUUCAGCCAUAAGCCCUUCAAACACUCCAGAAAAGGUACCAUCUACCCCUGCUGUGUCUUCCAGCAUAGCUCAAAUGACCAGUCCUACAAAUGCCCCAGGGAAGCCAUCGCCCACCCCUACUCUGUCUCCCAGCACAGCUCCCAGGAUCAGCCCUACAAGCAAGCCUGGAGACCCACCACCCAUCCCAGUGCCAUCGCCCAGUGCCAACCCUUCAGCCAGCUCAGGACCAUUGGUAUCCACCACCGCUGUGACCUCCCGUGUGGCUCAGCACCAGAGCAGCCCUUCAGGCAGCUCAGGAAGCUCACAAGCCACCACUGCCACAUCUCCCAGAGCAGCUUCAGGGAUCCAUCCUUUGGAGCGACUGUCCAGUACUACAGCCAGCACAACGGCCCCUGCGGGCAGCCUUUCUCCUGGCCUCAAGGACCACAUUUCCACCACCAAAUCUGCCUCCCAGCAGCCUCAUUCUUCUCCCAGUUCUGAAGUCCAGGGACCAGCCUCUUCCACCAGACCUGGAGGUGUCAGCACUUCUGUUGCUCCUUCUGCUGGAUCCGUCUCUGCUCCCCACUCCCCCACUAGUAAAACGUCUCAGUCUUUAACACCUGGGAGUGUGGACAAGGUCUCUCUGCCAGCCACGACCACCCUGACUUCUGGUGCAGGUCAGACCAGCCAUGGACAAGGACCUACGACAACCAAACCUGUAAUUGCUGACCGGAGCCCAACCAGCACACAGCCACUGUCCCCAACCUCCAGUCACCAGACGACGAGCAGCAGGCCGGGCCCUCAGCACCCUAACGAGACCUUCCAAAAUGAGGUCAUUUGUGAAGACCAGAUGCAAAAUAGCUGGCCCAUCAUAAGCCUUAAAGAAGCUAAAACCUGUGCUGAGUGGAAGACGCUGACCCUCAACGACUCCUUGUUCAAGACCUUCUGCUCCACGGAUCGCUACACCUACGAGCCCAGCAGGGACAAGUGCACGGUGACACUGGCGUCUGCGGAGCCGCGGUCGCAGCGGUGGGCCGUGCGGGCCGUCGUGCACCUUCACCUGGACCCUGAGAAGGUCUUCAAGGAGCUGAAGGAGAAGAGGGAUGAAUUAGAGGAGCUUGGCAUCACCAACGUCACCUUCCACGACGAGCAGCAGGAGGAGGAGAUCAAGGACCGCUUCAGCACACCUCUCAUCAUCACCAUCGUCACGCUGGCCGGCUCCCUGCUGCUCGUUGCCGCUAUCUAUGGUUGCUGCCACCAACGCUUCUCUCACAAGAAGGACCAGCACCUGCACCCCGAUGUCCCCGGGUUUGAUGAUGGACAUGUGGCUCUGAUCUUUAAUCAGCGCCUGACCGAGGAGCUGCAGACCAUGGAGAACGGCUACCACGACAACCCCACGCUGGAGGUGAUGGAGACCUCCUCGGAGAUGCAGGAGAAGAAGGUGAACCUCAACGGCGAGCUGGGCGACAGCUGGAUCGUGCCCCUGGACACGCUCCUCAAAGAUGAGCUGGAGGAAGAGGAGGACACGCAUUUAUAG